GGUGCCGAGUCAUUUAUCUCGUUUGUAUCUCGUAUUAUUCAGGGGCUGCAUCAGCAUGCCAAAGGAGAGCAAGGACGCCCCGAGCCACGCCGGGUGCUCAUUCCGUCCACUGCGCCAGUCAGCACUACAGAUACUGUGGAAGAGUGCACCCACCAGACCACUGGUCGGAUUGGCUUGGGAAUCGACUCUACGCUGGCCACUGUCGCUACGACCGACAGCUCCGAGGUAACGUUGGACGGCAAUAUAGACGCAAUCGACAACAACGACGAGUGGUACGCC